UGUGUUAUUAAUUGCGAGUGGCGGUCAUUUUUCGUUGGCCACGUGUGAUAGUGCUCUCGGAUGAGAAGAAUCUAGGCGAGAAGAAGAAGAGGUGUGAUAGUGGAUGAGGCUAUCCAAUCCAUACCAAACAAAACAUGGCUGACGAUAAAAUUUCACCAGCAAAAAGAACAAAGACAAAUAGUGAUCAUGAGGAGAGAGAAGACGAGUUCAAUAAGGUGGAAAAAUCGCUGAGUCAAGUGGCGAUUACUGCGGUCAUUAGCACCCACAGCGCGGGAGGUGCUGGGCCCUCUUUUAUGGAAAACUCCAUGAAUAGCGAUGGGGCUAAAGAUAGCUAUUCCGAGAAUAGCUGCGAUGAUAACUCCGAUGAAGACUCUGAGCAGGACGGUGAUGACGAUAUGUCGAGGAAAAUAAAAAAAACGCUUUUAUUGGAUGGGCAAUUUUUUGUAGUUGACCGAGAAAAAUCCAGUUUAACAGGAGCAGUCUUGGCAUAUUGCAAUUCAUGUACUGUUCCGAAAUUGCUAUCAGGAUCGUUUCGAUCAACGUCAAACUUCUCUUCACAUCUUAAGAGAAAGCAUCAAGAGGAGCACGCGCGAUAUAAAGAAUAUGUACGUCUCAAACGUCAAGGUCGGGUAACUUCGAUCAUCGAUAGGAGACAUUGGUCGUGUCUUUUCGAUCAAAACAAGUUCGAGGAAAACGUCACCGAUUUCAUCUUGAAAUUCAUGUUACCAUUUAGAGUUGUGGAGGAUCCAGGUUUUAGAAAAAUUUUUGAUGAUUUCAAGAUCCAAAAAGGUGAUUCCCAAAUAAAACACCUGACGCGCUACACUCUAGGAAAGAGAGUCGAGGAAAAUUUAUCUAUAACGAUGAAUGAAAUCCGAGAUCAACUGAGACUCUUGAUUAAUGAAGGUGGCUUGGUUUGUACCACAGCUGACGUGUGGACAGGAGGAGCGCGCCGGUUUUUGGGAGUCACAGUCAGCUGGAUUGAACCUAAAACAUUGACAAGAAAGUCGGCAGCUAUUGCCUGCAGAAGAUUCCCCGGCACUCAUUCUUUCGACGCUAUAGCAAAUCUCCUCUCCAGUAUCCACACAUCGUUUGGAUUGACCUCAGAAUCCAUAAGAGCAACGGUUACAGAUAAUGCCAGUAAUUUCGAAAAGGCCUUCAGAAAACUGGGCAUCGAAGAGUUGGAUAAAGUUCUACCGGAAGAUGAAGUUCAAGGUGAAGUUCAAAGUAUCGAUACUGACGAUAUCAACGCUAUCGAAGAGUACUCGAAUCCAGAAGACGAAAUUGAUAUCGAAGAGGAAUUCAGCGAGGAGUGCCAAAAAAUACUACCUAGGCAUUGCAAAUGUGCUAGCCAUACCAUGAACUUGAUUGCGUCUACUGAUGUUCCAAAAGCAAUAGCUCGAAAUGAUCCAUUGAAACGAAAGCACAACUGUGUUUUGAAAAAGUGUUCAUUACUCUGGAAGUUGCUACGUUCUCCAAAAAAACGAGAAACUUUGAAAACUGAACUCGGAAUUGCAAUUCAACGGCCAGUCGUAACUCGCUGGAAUUCGAGCUACGACUGCUUCAAGCAAUUACUCGGCAUCAAGGCGAAGCUUAUUGAUAAAAAUAUGGAAGGCCUAACACAACCUUUCACGGCUGGAGAUUUCAACUACUUAGAAGAGUAUGUGCGAUGCUCAACUCCGCUUGCAAACGCUAUCGAUCUUUUGCAAGGAGACACGUGUUAUUAUGGAAUCUUAUUACCAACACUAGUAUCUAUGAGAUAUCAACUUAACGAGCUAUCGAAUAGCGAUGAUGUGACUUUCUGCAAACCGCUGAUCAAAGUCAUGAUUGAUGGUAUUAACAGGCGAUUUGAAAAAUUGUUCGACUUCACAGAGCUCAAUGUUGAUGCGGCAAUUGCUGUUUCUUUAGAAACGCUUACCGAGGCACGCAUUCCGCUCGAUGAAAAUCAAGAUGACGAGUUUCAAUUCGGGCCCUCUGCAGAAACUAUCGCCGAAUUUGAACCAUCUUUGUCUCAAGGAGAAGUGAAGGCAGAACGGCUUCAAAUGCGGCGAAACGACAAAGAAUCAUCGGCCUCCCUUUAUGAAGAAGCAACUUAUGCACCUGAACAAGAAAUUAUAAGACCUAAUACUGCUUACAGUGUUAAUGAAAUGGACAUCUCGCCGAUUUCAUCAAACGUUUCAAUGGCUUCGUUAUCGCAAGUUGAUCCACCGCAGCAAACACUUUAUGAUCAAAAUUAUGUAGACGGAAGGUCAUACAUUUCAUUAAUGGAAGCGGACAAGAGCCGAUACGACUCCUCUGGUGUUGAGAACCAUGUCGUCUUCAUCGGCGACCACCAUCUCCUCCGCACUGACGCGGAGUACCAAAUAAAAGAGGACGAGGAUUACCAUAGGAAUGGUGAUAGUCCAUUAUCACAACUACCAAUGGGUUUAGUAACUCAAGUACCUUUCGAGUACAUGCACUUGGUCUUACUAGGCGUUUUGAAACGUAUGGUCUCUGCCUGGUUGAACGGAAAAUUCUCCAUAAACAGCAAAUUAUCUGGCUUUGAAAUCUCUAUCAUAUCACAAAGAUUAUACAGAAUGUGUUAUGAAAGUAUUCCUGAUGAAUUUGCACGACCUUCUGCAAGCCUCUUGGAAAUCCUCCAAGGAAAAGCCACGACUUGUCGUCUAUUUCUAUUGUUUUCAGGACCUGUCGUACUUAAAGGCAUUCUAUCGGAUGAGUUGUUUAAACAUUAUUUAAUUUUGCACACAGUCAUGCGCAUCGUGACAUCUGCCAAUCCAACAACGAAGGAGCAAUUGUUGUAUGCAAGAUUGAGUUUGAGAACUUUUGUUAUCCAGAGCGAAAGAUUGUAUGGAACAACCUUUCUGAGCUACAAUGUGUAUGGACUAUUACAUCUCAUGGAUGAUGUGGAAACAUUAGGACCGAUCAAUUCUUACUCUGCUUUCCCUUACGAAAACAACAUGCGGAUUUUUAAUAACUACUGCAGGAAAGCUCACCUCACUCUGCAACAGAUAGCAAACAGACAUGCCGAGGAAACGAAUUGGAUGCCAGUGAGGCAACCUAAGCGGAACGAUCAUUUCAGACUAAUGCAUGAACACACGAAAGGUCCUGUUCCGACUACAGAGACAGGAAGAAUAGCGAAACAGUACCGCCGCAUUAAAUGCCCAGAGUUUACGCUCGGUACAAAAUGUAAUGACAGUUGCUGUAUUUUGAGAGAUUCAACAAUAUGCAUCAUAUAUAACGUACUGAAUAUCGGCCAAGAAAUUAAGCUGGUAGUAAAAAAAUUCAACGCGGUUGAGGAUUUUUUCAACAUAGCCAUGCCAUCGUCGUUAGUCGGGUACUAUAAGUGUUCAAGGCUGCAAGAACAAUAUUCUUUGAUCAGAUUGAAUGAUGUCCGGGAUAAAGGUUUUCUCAUGCCUGCUUGGUUGCCUUUUCAAUUUGAUGAAAGACGCAUGGAGCGAAUUGAAAAUGAAACUUACGCAGUAGCUACCAUAUCCUCUGUAGUUUAUUAUUAG